UUGUACACUUGUGUUAGACCCAAAGCAAGAAAAGCUCCUCCGGAAGUUUAUAAGUAGCGAUAACCAGUACUUAUUAAAAGAUGCAGCCCCCCCUGUUUGGAGAGUGUUUAAUAUCAACGAAGAUAAUCAAUCCAGAAAGUAUGGACUAUCUAGCACUUCGUGGCCAGCUAAAGACACGUUUUCCCUGAACCUUGAUUGGGAAGAAAGUGAACUGAUGGAGUUACUAGAUGUCUUAAAGAAGUUCAGCAAAAUCAUACUCAAUGUGGAAAACAUCAACAUAUCGAAUCCUCGCGGCCCUGCUGGUUUAUUAGUCCUAGCCCAGCUCUUAACACUGUUCGAAACCCCAAAGUUGAGUGCUACGAAGAAACCUUUUGGGGUUCUUAUCUCUUUGCCGGAUAUAACUUGCUCUUCUUUGGAGUCAUCAUUCACUGAUGUCAAGAAACGAGAGCAGUUCCGAAACCAAAUCGAGAAGAUCGAAGAGUCGCGAUACAUUAUCCGCAUGGAUAUUUAUGGACUCACAUCAAAUGCGCAGAAAUUCAUUUGGCCACUAGUAACCCAUUUCCCAACCAAAUUUAUAGGUCUAUUCUACCCCAAUAUGAGCAAAAUAGACUUUCUUAACGAUGUCAACUGGAUAGACAAAUUCAUCCUCAUGUUAUGCCUAGACUACCAAAAGGACCUUAUUGUUAGUUUAGGAGCCAGGACCGCGAAAGGCAAAGAUCUCCCAACUUGUGAUUGCCUAGAUAUUAAUACUGACCUUUCAGACCAAGACCAACCGUCUAGCAGUUGUCUAAAGGUUUAUGUUAUAGGCCUUACUGAAUACCUUCAACCCAAUUCUUUUGAUAAGGAUGACAAGCUCUUAGACACUUCAUUAGAGGUGUCCGAUGACAUUUUAGUAUUUCCAUGGCCAUGA